AUGUCACCUAGACAACCACGAUACAGAAGAUACAUAGCAGACCCAUACACCACACGAGCUUGCAUAAACUGCCAGAUAUUGCACAUCAAGUGUAUAAAACUUAGUACAAUUGACAACUGUGAAGACUGCAUGUCGCAAUCUAAAUCAUAUACAUUUAAAAGACCUAAGAAAAGAGGACCUAGACCAGGAUACAAACUAGAUCCUGAAUACAUAGAAAAUAAUCAAAAGAAAAUUGAAAAGAUAAUCCAAGAAGCACAAGAAAAAGAAAAGACUAAAACAAAUAAUUAUUUAUUUGAAGAACACCUUAGCGAAAUACAACAAGCAGUCGAAACUAAGCAAUAUUAUCUAUUUGAAGAAUAUCUUUAUUCACUAAAACAAAAGAAACAAGCUUUAUGA